AGCACUCACUCUCUUUCUCUCUCUCCUUGGGGUCUUUUGUUUUGCCUUGCCUUUUUCUCUUGGUAUAAAAAAGAGGGAAAAAUAAUGGCGGUUCGGUGUUCAUUGAUUGAGCCAAAAUAGAGAGAGAGAGAAAAAGAGAGAGGGGUAACGCAGCAGCAGUAAGUAGCAGCAGCAGCAGCAGAACCAUCACCUCCACCGCACUAUUUUCCAUUACUGGAAACAACUGCCCAAACCCAUAAAAUCCUCUCCUUAUAUAUAUAUAUAUAUAUUAAUAAACUUAUGUCUUUAUAUGGUUAUAGCUAUAUAUUCUUCUGUUAAGAUCUUUAAUAUAUGUUGAAAGCGGUUGCUAUUGCAUGUUCAUGUGGCUUCAACUUGCUCUGAAAUGCUCUGUACUUGAGUUUCUAACUUGUACUAUUUUGGGGUUUUGCUCGUGUAAUAAGAUCUAGGCUCUUUUUUUUUUGCUUGUGAAAGUUCCAAAGGAAUUAAUAUUUGGUGCUUUGAAGUGAGAUCUGUUGCUAUUUUACAAGUUUCGGAUUUUGGGUAUUUCUGGGUUUAUUUUCAAGUUGCUUAGUCUUUGAGCUUUGCUCAUCUGAUUGGUGAAAUCAUAUUAGAGAAGCACGCGUGUGGGAUUGUAGAGUUUGGAGCUGGAAUGUGGGUUACCAUUUGCUUGUGGUUGAAGAGUUUUGUUCAGUGAUUUGUGAAGUUGGGGGUCGAGGGUGAAGAAGAUAGCAAGCGGAUGUGGCUGAAAUCGAUCGUCUUUUGUAACAAUACCGGGUUCGGUUGAGGAUUCGGGAAGUGGGUUUUUCUGUUUUGGUUGUUAGAUUUCAAAUGAAGUUUCACAUUGAAUAUUAUUUGACUUCUGGGUUUCUUUAAAUUAGAAGCCUGAAUUCCUUAAUCUGGAUUGGUUUCUGAAGGGCAAGGGAGAAGGUGAAGGUAUGGUAUUGUGCAGAGAGAAGCAAGUGAAGAGAGUAAUUGUUGAUUGGUUUGGUAGGUUUAGUUUGGGGUUUAGUUGGUGUGGUUAAUAGUGGUUUUUGGAUCUUUUGGUUGUGGGUCUAAACGGAUUUUAAAGGUUGUGUUAAAUCUCUGUGAUAAUGAGGCUCGCUUCAGCUGGUUUUAAUCCACAAACCCAGGAAGCCUUAGCUGCAGAGAGCUCAACUCAGUUGAUACGGAUACUGGGAUUUUCUUUCCUCUAUUCUCUGCCUGUUAAUCAGUCAGAGGGCUAAUUCGGGGAGAAAAGGGUUUUGAAUUCUGAACUUUGGCAUGCAUGUGCGGGUCCUCUUGUUUCUUUACCUGCUGUUGGAAGCCGUGUUGUUUAUUUCCCCCAGGGUCACAGCGAGCAGGUUGCUGCAUCAACCAACAAGGAAGUGGACGCUCAUAUCCCUAACUACCCAAGCUUACCUCCUCAACUUAUCUGUCAGCUUCACAAUGUGACUAUGCAUGCAGAUGUUGAGACAGAUGAAGUGUAUGCGCAGAUGACGUUGCAGCCAUUGAGUCCUCAAGAGCAAAAGGAUACCUACCUUCCAGCAGAAUUGGGUACCCCCAGCAAACAGCCAACAAAUUAUUUUUGUAAAACUCUAACAGCAAGUGACACAAGUACUCAUGGAGGGUUCUCUGUUCCUCGGCGGGCAGCUGAAAAAGUGUUCCCUCCUUUGGACUUUUCCCAGCAACCUCCAGCUCAAGAGUUGAUUGCCAGGGAUCUGCAUGAUAACGAAUGGAAAUUCAGGCAUAUCUUCCGCGGCCAGCCCAAAAGGCAUCUCCUUACAACAGGUUGGAGUGUGUUUGUUAGUGCUAAAAGACUUGUUGCUGGGGAUUCAGUCCUUUUUAUCUGGAAUGAAAAGAAUCAAUUGUUGCUUGGUAUCCGCCGUGCCAAUCGUCCUCAGACUGUGAUGCCUUCAUCAGUCUUAUCUAGUGACAGCAUGCACUUAGGCCUUCUUGCUGCUGCAGCUCAUGCAGCUGCAACAAAUAGCCGUUUCACCAUAUUUUACAAUCCGAGGGCUAGCCCAUCAGAAUUUGUCAUACCACUGACCAAGUAUGUUAAAGCAGUCUAUCAUACUCGGGUUUCUGUUGGCAUGCGCUUUAGGAUGCUAUUUGAAACGGAAGAAUCUAGUGUCCGGCGCUACAUGGGCACAAUAACCGGCAUAAGUGAUUUAGAUCCUGUUAGGUGGCCAAAUUCACAUUGGCGCUCAGUUAAGGUUGGCUGGGAUGAGUCCACAGCUGGAGAGAGGCAACCAAGAGUUUCUUUGUGGGAGAUUGAACCACUAACAACAUUUCCAAUGUAUCCAUCUCCAUUCCCUCUGAGGCUUAAGCGACCUUGGCCACCUGGACUGCCCUCGUUCCAUGGAAUGAAGGAUGAUGAUCUGGGAAUGAAUUCUCCUCUUAUGUGGCUGCGAGGUGAUGGGGACCGUGGAAUUCAAUCUAUGAACUUUCAGGGACUGGGAGUCACACCAUGGAUGCAGCCAAGGGUUGAUGCUUCCAUGCUUGGUUUGCAAACUGACAUGUACCACGCUAUGGCUGCUGCUGCACUUCAGGAGAUGAGGGCUAUAGAUCCUUCCAAACCAUCAAAUACAUCCCUUUUACAAUUCCAGCAACAUGUGAAUCUCCCAAGCAGAACUGCUGCUUUGAUGCAGCCCCAGAUGUUGCAGUCAUCUCAGCCUCAACAGGCCUUUCUUCAAAGUGUUCAAGAAAACCAACAUCAGCCUCAGGCUCAAACUCAAACUCAGUCACACCUUCUUCAGCAACAAUUGCAGCACCAGCACUCACUAAGUACUCAGCAGCAGCAGCAGCCACUGCCACAACAACAGCAACUAGUUGAGCAUCAACAGAUUCAAAAUGUUGUCUCUUCCAUAUCCCAAUUUGCUUCAGCCUCUCAAUCCCAGUCACCACCAUUACAGGCCAUCUCUUCCCUGUGUCAACAACAGAGUUUUUCAGACUCAAACGGGAACCCUGUGACGAGCUCUGUCGUUUCUCCUUUGCACAGUCUCAUGGGUUCCUUUUCCCAGGAUGAAACAUCUCAUUUGAUGAACAUGCCUAGAACCAAUCCCUUAAUGACUUCUUCUGCCUGGCCAUCGAAGCGAGCUGCUGUUGAACCUCUUAUUUCUUCUGGAGCCCCACAAUGUGUUUUGCCACAAGUAGAACAGCUGGGGCCCCCUCAGGCAAACAUCUCUCAUAGUUCUGUUUCCUUGCCACCCUUCCCUGGCAGGGGUUGUUCUUUAGAUCAAGAAGGUGCUGAUCCACAGAGUCAUCUUCUGUUUGGUGUGAACAUAGAGCCCUCGUCUCUUCUACUGCAGAGUGGAAUGUCAGGUCUUAGGGGUGUUGGCAGUGAUAGUGAUUCCACAACAAUACCCUUCUCAUCUUCUAAUUACAUGAGUACUACAGGCUCUGAUUUCUCGCUCAAUCCAGCAAUGACACCUUCAAGUUGCAUUGAUGAAUCAGGCUUCCUGCAGUCCCCAGAAAAUGUGGGCCAAGUUAACCCACCAUCUAGAACCUUUGUCAAGGUUUACAAGUCAGGGUCCUUUGGUAGGUCGCUAGACAUUACCAAAUUUAGCAGCUACAACGAGCUGCGGAGUGAGCUCGCUCGCAUGUUUGGCCUUGAAGGCCAGCUGGAGGACCCUCUGAGAUCAGGCUGGCAGCUUGUAUUUGUUGACCGGGAGAAUGACGUGCUUCUCCUCGGUGAUGACCCCUGGCCGGAAUUUGUGAACAGCGUGUGGUGCAUCAAAAUACUAUCACCACAAGAAGUGCAGCAGAUGGGCAAACGUGGCCUAGAGCUUCUGAACUCAGUCCCAAUUCAGAGGCUUUCAAAUGGCAGUUGUGACGACUAUGCAAGCCGGCAGGACUCAAGAAAUUUGAGCACUGGUACAAUUUUGAAGACAUCUCUAAAUUAUGGAAAACAUUUCCAACACCACACCUAAGGUUGGAUGGUUAAUUUCAACUUGAUUUGUUCUCUAGGCAAGUGGAUUUUUAUCUUUUUAUGUUUAUUAUCAGAUUGUAUAUAUAUGUAUUUGCCUUUAAGACUCUAUAUUUUGAUAUAUUGAACUUUUGAAAAA